AUGGGCCAGACCACAGGCGACCUUGGCUGGCGGCUCAGCCUGUUGCUGCUAUCCUUGCUUAUGGCCCGAGCUGGCAUCUGGGGAUUCCCGAGGCCCCCAAGGAGGCCCCCCCUGAGCCGGCAGGAGCUGCGGAGGGAGUUCACGGUCAGCCUGCGACUCGCCAGGAAGCUGCUCUCCGAGGUUCGCGGUCAAGCCCACCGCUUUGCUGAAUCUCACCUGCUUGGAGUGAGCCUGGACCUCCUACCCGUGGGAGAGCAGCUCCCCAAUGUUUCCCUGACCUUCCAGGCCUGGCGCCACCUCUCUGAAUCAGAACGGCUCUGCUUCCUUUCUACCAUGCUGCGCCCCUUCCAUGGCCUGCUGGGAGGGCUGGGGAGCCAGGGGGGCUGGACCAGCCCCGAGAGGAAGCAGCUGUGGGCCGUGAGCCUGGAUCUCCGGGAUCUGCAGCGGCAUCUCCGCUUCCAGGUGCUGGCUGCUGGAUUCAACCUCCCUGAGGAGGAAGAGAACGAGGAGGAGAGGGGGCUGCUCCUGGGGGCUCUGGCCCCCUCCGCACAGAUGUCAGCCCAGGCGGCCUGGCCCCAGCUCCUCUGCAACUACCAGUUGCUGCACUCCUUGGAGCUUGUCUUGGCUCGGGCUGUGCGGGACCUGCUGCUGCUCUCCCAAGCCGGGCUCCCAGCCCAGGCCUUGGGGUACCCAACACCCAGCCCCCAGCACUGAUGGAGUGACUUCAGGAUGGGGGUCCUGGGCAACAGGACAGCCUCCACCUCAUGUUCCUUCGACAAGGCAGGGCUCAGCCAGCCCCCAGCCCCGGGCUCCACCCAAUAACUUAAGGCCCCACCAGUCCUGGCCAGAUAUUUAUUUCAUAGAUAUUUAUUUAUUGUUUAGGACAGAUGGUUUAUUUAUUGUUUGGGGGCCUGCUCGGGCUAGGCCACCAGGCUGGGUGCCUAAUAAAGCACU